AUGGUUUGUUACGAGAUGGAGGCCACGCAAAUGAGCAGAGGUAUGUUGUUGUUAUGCUUGGCUCUCGCAUUAGCAUUAACCACUACCACCGCACUAACCAUUCCCAACACCUCCUAUCCUCACCAUGUCUCUGCUUUACAUAGCCCUCCCAUGGACGGAACGUUUUCUGUUGUGAAACAACGUAUGCUACUCGACCAAGCGGAUGAAGAUGCUUUUGAAAAGAGGGACGUGGAAGCCCUACUCUCUUUCAGAAAUGGCAUUACAGCCGACCCCAUGCAGUCCCUUUCCAACUGGACUUCUACCAGUUCACGAAAUGUGUGUUCGUGGUAUGGUGUUUGGUGCAGAAAGCAUACACGCAGAGUGGUUGCAGUCAUUCUCCCUCAAUUGGGGUUCGAAGGUACCAUUUCUCCUUUCAUAGGGAACCUAUCUUUGCUAGCUAAUUUGAAUCUCUCCAGCAAUUCUUUGAUGGGAAGGAUUCCACCUCAGCUUGGCCAACUGAAGGCAUUGAGAGUUCUCGACCUCAAGGAAAAUCAUCUGCUGGGUUCCAUCCCCACAUCCCUUGCUAAUUGCACACACCUUCAGUGGAUUAGACUUUCCAAGAACAACUUGACGGGAAGCAUAGCGAAAGAAUUUGGUGGCCUAACCAACUUACAACAUCUCCGCUUGUCCUACAAUGGUCUCAGUGGAAGCAUUCCAAAUUCUCUGGGGAAGUGCACGUCCCUCCUUGAUUUGGUCCUUGGCAAUAACAAUCUCUCAGGUAGUAUACCUCCUCUAAGUAAUUGCUCCGAUUUAUCUAUCAUUGAUCUUCCGCACAAUUCCUUGACUGGUGGGAUCCCGUCUGAACUGGGGAGGUUGGAGAAAUUGCAAAGCCUUGGUCUGCACUCUAACAGGUUGGGGUCUCAAAUCCCUGCAGCUCUGGGUAAUUGUUCUUCACUUGAGGUACUGUUUCUGGGGGAUAACUUGCUGACUGGUAAUAUACCACCUGAACUAGGAAAUUUGAAACAACUUGUCCAAUUAUCACUGUAUGGCUCAGGCAAUCUUACAGGUUCUAUACCUGCAGAAAUAGGAAACUGUAGCAAUCUUGUGUGGCUUGAUGUUGGAUGUAACCAGCGAAUGAACGGAUCCCUGCCUCUGAGUAUAUCCAAGCUACCCCUCACCACUCUUUCCUUAAUUAAGAACAAUUUUGGAGGGAGAAUUCCAGAAUUUAUUUCCAAUCUCACCCAGUUAACUUACUUAGAUUUGGCCAUAAACAAAUACACGGGACCGAUUCCCAAUGGCAUUGGAAAUUUGUCAGAGUUAACUUAUCUAAAUCUGGGCGGAAAUAGUUUAACAGGCACCUUGAAACAUUUUACUAGAUUGACAUCUUUGAAAAAGUUGAAGUUGUCGGACAAUUUCUUCCAUGGAAAUUUAGAUAUGAUUUAUUCUUCUUCUAUGGAAGUGUUGUCUGCGCAUUCCAAUAAGUUUUCGGGUACUCUUCCUGCAUCCUUGGCCAACUGUAAGGAGCUUCAGCUUUUGGAUUUCAGAAGGAAUAAUUUGAAAGGUGAGCUUCCUUGGUACUUGGCGAAUUUUCAGAAAUUGAGGGUUUUGAGCCUGGGGUACAAUGAGUUUCAUGGUAUUGUUCCCGCAUGGAUGGUAAACCUCACCAAUUUGCAGGUGCUGGAUUUAUCAAACAAUAGAUUUGAUGGACGCAUAUUUUCUAAUCUUGAGAAUCUCAAGGGGUUUGGAGUCCUGGGAGAUCCGCAGCUGAGUGGAAACACAUUGUAUGAGGAAAUACCUAUAGUAAUCAAGGGAAAGGAGUACAGGGUGGAAUAUGUACUGACUUCAAACACCGUACUUGACUUAUCAAGUAACCAUCUCAGCGGGCAGAUACCAGAAAGCAUAGGGAAUUUGAGCAGUCUGAGAUUACUAAAUCUCUCUGGAAAUUAUUUCGAAGGUGUGAUACCAGCCUCUCUUGGGCAGAUAUGGACACUGGAGCAGUUGGACUUGUCUAAAAAUGAGCUAAGAGGGCGCAUUCCUGAGGAGCUGUCUGUAUUGUACCUGUUGGCCUACUUGGAUCUAUCUUCUAACAGUCUUUGUGGACAGAUACCCAGAGGAACUCAGUUGCAGUCAUUCAGUGCCGAGUCAUUCCAGAAAAAUCCUCCAUGUUUAUGCGGGGAGCCUCUACCGAAUUGCAGUCCAAAGAACAAUGCUUCUGUAGUCCCAUCAGCUUUAGCGAAGGCCAAAUCAAUAUGGACUAUAAUUGAUGAAAAUGUGUCCAUGAUUGCUGUGGGGUUGGGUUUCGGGAUUGCAUUUGGUGGAACAACGGCAGUGAUAAUAUGGUGGGACAGACUUUGGCUUUGCAGGAGGCUCCUCAAAAUGAUCAGAGGCUUUCAUGGAGUUGUGGAAUCGCAAACGUGUAGUUGGAGUUUGGACUACAAUCCGUGUUUCACAUUUCACUCAUCCACAUCCACGUCCACUGGUUAGUUCUUCACUUUCAAACUGUUUUGGUUUCAUCUCACUUCUGGAGAGAUUUGUCAGUUUGGUUAACAUAAUCCGUUGAUAGGGUUCACCUAUUUCCGGCUUAGUCAGAGUUUAAAACAAAUAAUUAUAGAUACAGAUAUAGAAUAGAAUAAAGCAAAUGGCUGGUAUAGUAUUCUCCCAGCCAAGCUAAAUACUCUACGUACUGAAUGUAUGUUAAGGCAUAAUAUAUUCUAUAUUUGUCGUUCUUAAAUUAGUAA